AUGACAACGUCAUAUACCGUCAAAUUACACGUUUAUGAUUUAUCGGGAGGUAUGGCGAGGGCGCUGUCUCCUGGUUUGGUUGGUCGUCAAAUAGUUAUCGGAUUAGAUGGCAUAUGGCAUACAGCCGUAGUUGUUUAUGGCAUGGAAUGGUUUUAUGGGCAAGGAAUAUUAUUCGAAUUACCGGGACAAACACAAUAUGGCUCACCGAUACAAACAAUUGAUAUGGGUAACACCGAAAUCCCCCCAGAAAUAUUCAGAGAGUAUAUCGACGAGCUACGCGAGAUUUACACUAUGGAAAAGUAUCAUUUGUUGGAUAACAAUUGUAAUAAUUUCACGAAUGACGUGUGUCAGUUCUUGACUGGACGAGCUAUACCAGAGUCUAUUACUACUUUACCUGCAGAUUUUUUGACAACACCAUUAGGACAACAACUUCGUCCAAUAAUAGAAUCAAUGUUUGGGCAAAGUAGAUAUUCUUAA